AUGAGUGUCCGUCCUUUAAUCAAGCGGGUAAAGAGCACACCCGUGGGUGUCCACGAUAACCGGCUUUAUGUCGCUGGCGCAAGAGUCAGACCACGCCGCCCUGCCAGCUACAACAGGCGUCUCGAUCCGACUAAGCGCGAGAUCAGACUGCUCAGUCUUUCGCCUCGCAAUGCUCACGACAGGAGACCCGAGGGCAAGCUCGAGACGGCCUCCCUACUGGCCGAAGAUAUCGAGUUCAUUGCGCUGUCGUACGUGUGGGGCGACGCCGGGAUCACGUCCGAGGUCCUCGUGGACGGCGUGGUCAUGGACGUGACGGUGAAUCUGGCCGCGGCGCUGUGGUACUUUAAAGAGUUUGACAUGUUGCGCGGGAUUCCCGAUGGGCGCCCGCUGCGCAUAUGGGUCGACGCCCUCUGCAUCAACCAAGAUGAUCUUGUGGAGCGGGCUCAGCAAGUCACAUUCAUGAAAGAUGUUUACGGCCGGGCCAAGCACGUUUUCACCUGGUUUGGACCCCCUGAUGAAAAGAGAAUCGAUUUAGCGCUGCGGAUCAUAGAUGGAACUGUCCAAACUUUCAAAGAUAUGGGUGGUGUUGAUCCACAGAUGGGAUCAACAAGUGACGAAGACGAGCCCGAGGAUGAUGGAGAGUCCGAUCACGAUGAAGAGUCCGAUCACGAUGAAGAGUCCGAGCAUGAUGAAGAAUCCGAGCAUGAUGAAGAAUCCGAGCAUGAUGAAGAGUCCGAGCAUGAUGAAGAAUCCGAUGUGGUGGAAGAGUGGGAAGAGGAUGAAGAGGAUGAAGAGACAAAUUCCGAGAGUGGAUCAAGCAGUGCCUCACAGGACUCCUCAAAGGGAGUGGACACUGAACGGAUGGAAAUCUUUGUCAAAGCACUCGAUAGCAUAUCUGCACUACAUGGAGAUGAGACUUGUGGUGGAUUGUAUGGAAAUAAAGCGUGGGAGGCCAUACAUGAAUUGGACGCAAACGUCUACUGGAAACGAAUGUGGGUGUAUCAGGAGAUGGUCCUUGCUGCCCAGGACCAAGACUGCCACCAGUUCUUGUGCGGGAAAACACGCAUCGCCAUGCGAGAUUAUACCCAGUUUGCCAGUCUCUGCAAACCCUUUGCGCGGAAUCUAAGUAGGCCACUAAAGAUAGCAGCGCCCAAAAACAUCGACAAGGCGCUCUGGGAGAAGCUGUCCGACGGUUUAUUCUUCCACAUUGGCAACGUCAUGGAGGAAGUUGAUGAACUACAGCAGCUGUUGCCCUCGGACGCCACAAAUUCCCUGCCCUCCAAUGUGCUCGAUCUCUCCCGCAAGGCCACGGCCACGAAUCCUCGCGACAUGGUCUACGGACUCGCCGCCGUGCUGCGAUUACCUAUCCAGCCCGACUAUACUGCCCCAGUUCGCAAUGUGUACCUAGAAUGGGCUCGACUCGAGCACGAGCGACUCGCUCAUGACACGGCAGCUCUGCAGCGAUUCAUGGUUGAUAUGCUACAACACUCUUAUCUCGGCGCUGAAGCAUGGUGGCUGGAAGGAGAUGAGGGCGUCGUCGGACUGCCGUCGUGGCUACCGGACCUGAGCAUGCUUUAUCAUACCGAAUGUCCAGUCCCGUGGGAAGGAGCCUACAGGUUUUCAGAUCCCUUUGACAAUGAUGAUGAGCCGGCCUCCUCGACGGCGCCGUUUCUCCUGUCUGCCGAAGGCGUCAUGAGUGUCCAAGGCGCGGUAUGCGGCGUCGUCUCGGGGUACUUUGAGUGUACACCACCUUACGACGACCUCAUGGGACGCAUGAAACGCUUUGCUCGUGCCAUGCGCAAAGUCAUGGCCCUCAUUAUUAAUUCCACAGAGGCCUUGCAGCAGGACUACAGAACGGGCUGCAGCCUGGAGCAGGCCAUGAUGUUUACAAUGUUGUGGGGAAUCAAUCCGUACACGACCGAGAUACUCAAACCAAAGGACGCACUUUACAUGUGGGAGUAUCUUAAUGACUUGAUCAACCUUGUCGCCGAGCAUGGCGAAAUCGAGGCCCUAUCUCUAGUGUCGACGCCAGAGAUUGCUCUCGCGCUGGCGUGGGCCAUGGAUAAUUUUGGUAAAUAUAAAAUCUUCUGGACAGACACUUGCUAUGUUGGCAUUAUCCCGCUCUCGAUUCAGACCGGAGACUAUAUCUGCGUGCUCGACAGUUGUGGAUUUCCGGUGGUAAUGAGGAAGACCGACGGAGGAGGCUGGAUUCACGUCGGAGCAUGCUAUAUUUAUGAAAUAUCGGGUAAUAACCCACUCGAGGUGAUCAAACGGGAUGGGCUAGAGGGUCAAACGUUUCACAUAUACUAG